UUUUCAAUGUUUUAUUAUUUCUUUUAUUAAAUAAAAAAUUGAUACCUGUGUGCAUGAAGCAAGGGAUGUCUGUGAUUCACCGGUAUGAUGAAGAAAUUUAUAUUGUAUUUUAAUUCCUCACAAAUAUUGAUGUUAUCUAAUAUGUUUCAACAUGUUGAACAGAACAAAAAACUUGUUGAUGAAAGUGUUGGUGAAGCACAAUUAUCAGAUUCACAAUUCACAUUUUCAAAUGAGGUGUUUAGAAGUAUCAAUCUUGAUUUCAUACAACAAAAUUUGAGAGUUCAAGAUGAUCCAAAGAAUACAGAAGCUGCUGCAGAAAUAGUUGAAAAUACAUCAAUGGAUGAUUGUGAGAAAUUAAAAUUGAAUGAACAAAUUAAUUUAGAAGUGCACACUCAUGAAGCAGUAUCCGGAGAAAGGAAGGCUCAACCAGAUUUACGUGAUUCCCAACUAACAAUUCCUGAUGAGUUGCUACCCAGCCUUAAUAAAUAUGCGAAUCUGGAAAGAAGCAUAAUUGUACAUCCAUCUGCAAAUGAAGAACAAACUUUUGUGAAUGUUCCAAGAAUUAAGAGACCAUCUAAAUUCAAAGAGUCACCAUUCACUACGAAAUUUGGUUCAGCAGAAGACACUAAGGUCACCAAUAAGUUCUUGACGUGGCUUUCAGUGGACCUUCUCAAAUAUCAUGCGAAGAAAAGCAACAAAAAGAAACAUUAUCUGAAAAACAAGUUCAGGAUACCAGUUAUGAAUUUUGGCAUUCUAUUAGUUGAAGACAAGAAUUGGUUCUACGUUAUGGAUACUCCUGGACAGUCAUGGUCUGAUGAGCAAAUUGAUGUUUGCCUUUACUAUUUGAGAAAGAAAUUCAAAUGCAUAUAUGUAUAUAAUUCAAUGUCAUCUGUUGGUCAUGAUUCUAUUGUGCUUGCUGAAGUUGAGAAGUUGGCUGAGGUUAUACCUUUAUGCCUUUUGACAUGCAAAUUCUAUGAGAAGAAGGGUAUUGGUAUUGACAAUCAACCAAAUUACAAAUUAAAUGAUAAAAAUGAUCUUUUUGAUGUUUACAUUAUGAAUUUGCCUCAACAACCAAGUGGCAGCUUGUAA